AUGAUGAGGAGACGACGAGCAAUCGAUCAGAGAACAAGUUUGACAGCAACGCCGCUUUCGCCGGCGGCGGUUUCAUGCCUUCACAGACAACUACGCAACUUUGCAUCGUCCUUCAAGAACCGCGAUGUAAGUACCUUGCUUCCCCUGACACUGAAGCAGUUGAAUAGCGUAUCAACCAAUGGUGAAUCAAACUUCUCCAUAGACGGCGUUGACAUUAACACCGUUGCAAUUGUUGGACGAGUUGCUAGAAUGGAGAACAUAAUCACCCAAGUUGACUUUGUUGUAGAUGAUGGUACAGGCUGCAUUGAAUAUAACUGCUGGUGUUAUGAACGUCAAGAAACUGAAGUGGAAGCAGUCAGGCUGGGAAUGUAUGUUCGCCUACAUGGACACCUUAAAAAUUUCCAGGGGAAGCGAUCUGUGAAUGUUUUCUCAGUCAGGCCUGUCACUGACUUCAACGAGAUUGUUCACCACUUUACCGAGUGUAUCUCUGUUCACAUGUACAACACCAAGUGGCUCUGUUACUCAGGCUACUGCUACUGCUAUUCAACAACGCCAACCCCUGCAAAUCCAUACCAAACUGGUCCAUCUAAUCAGUUACCAAACCAAUUCAAUGAUCCAAUGCACGGGGUAAAGCAGGAGGUCAUGAAUUACUUGAAUCAACCUAUGCACCUGGAUGCGUUAGAACAGCUCGCAAACGGUGCAUGUGUACUCGACUACGGACGAGACUUGCUUCAAAUCAACCGCAAAUACAUGAUCAAAAUCGAUUUAUCUCUCACAUUUCAAUCUUCCUCUAUAGUUAUAAAGCAUUUUUGUAUAGGCCCUAAGCUUUUGGAUUUCUUAAAAACCAAUCUAAAAGUUCAAUCAAAAUCAUUCCCGUCAUUUGAUAACUUCAGAUCAAAUUUGAAUCGAGAAACUUUCAACCGCCAUAGACAUAAUGUUGGACUGGGCCGUUGUCUUCAGGGGUGGCUAUUGAUCGCCGCUAACUUUGGUGUAGCUAUUGGUCGCUGUUGCUUGGUCUACUGGUUAUCAAGGUUGCCGAUUGCUGCUACUUGGUUUUCUAGUUAUCAAGGCUCGAGCUUGCUAGACUUGUCCACUGGAGCUGUUCAAGGGGUUAAAGUUAAUGUCCGGGAAAUCUGA